AUGAUAUUUCUUCCUCAAACAACAGCUAGAAAGGAAGUUGAACGAGCACUUAUGACCGAACAAGACUCAUCAAAAGCAGCACUAAUGAACCUAUUGGCCAAACGAUUGAAUAUCGAUUCGGAGGAGAGCGAUAGUGACAGCCAAGGAGAAUUCAAUGAAGAUCAACAUGCACAAAGAAGAUAUUCUAGUAAUAUUGUUCGUACUGAUCAGACAUCACAAGUUACCAUAUGUAGUGUAUACUGGCAAUAUGCCCAGGACAAUAGUAAUGUUUAUUUUAUGGGCAAGAAAGUUGACGGCGCAUAUUCAAAUUCAUUUCAAGUGAUUGGUGAUGGAUAUGCUAAAGACAAUUUCAACGUAUUUUAUAUGGGUAAAAAAGUUGAUAAUGCAUAUGCAAAUUCAUUUCAAUUAGUUGGUAACGGAUACGCUAAGGAUAAUUUUAACGUAUUCUAUAUGGGAAAAAAAAUUGCGAAUGCAUAUGCAAAUACAUUUAAAUAUGUGGGUAAUGGAUAUGCUACGGAUAACUUUGGUGUUUUUUACAUGGGUAUAAAAAUCGACGGUGCAUAUCCAUCAUCAUUCCGAUUCAUUAGUAGUGCUUAUAUCAAUGAUUAUGGCGAUGCUUAUUGCACGGGAAAAUAA